UUGAAGGAGUUGUUUUGGAUGUGUGCGCACCACGUGGAGGCACCACAAGGUAGCUUAGCUGCUGUCCUGACUGUAGCUUCAUAACGUCCUUCACACUUGAACUAUCCGACCCAGUGUUGUGAGCCAUGUCAGCGGGAGGAAAGACCACCAGUAGCCGGGCUAUCCCGGCCGUCAGACGGGUCACCAUCCACGAUGCUGCCCACAUGCCCCAGGACUACUCCACCACUCCUGGAGGGACUCUGUUCAGCACUACUCCUGGAGGUACCAGGAUCAUCUACGACAGAAAGUUCCUCCUGCAGUGUCGGACGUCUCCUCUGGCUCGUACGCCUCCCAAUCUGCCUGAUAUCCCAGGAGUCACCACGCCGCUCAAAACCAACGACGCAAAACAGCCCGAACAGACACUCAGCAAUAGCACCAACCACAGCCUGCACAGAGCGGAUAGCGCAGAUGACCAGUUUGAAAUGGACAUCUGAAGAGAUUCGGCUGCAAGAAUAAACGUGAUUCCCAACAUUUUUAUGGCUCUUUUGUUUACGGAGAUGAAGGUAAAAAAUGAGAAGCCUACGUAGUCUUACUGAGCUCAGUGUAAUCCACUUUCAGACUCGUUCUGAAAACAAUGUGGCAUUUUUUUUGUAAUACUUAAUAUGUGUUCAAAUGUUGUUCUGUUAUCAAACAACACUAACUGAUGCAUAAAUUUGUUUCUUUUACUUUGAAUACACUUGACUUUGUAUGACCUGUGAAAUAUUUGACAAGUAAGUCAAAGUCUUGUUGAAAUUAAACCUUUAAUAUUUUA